AUGGUGGAACCACCGCCAGAUGACGAGCUAAGACGCGGGGAACAAGAUGCUAUGGGCCGCUACAUCCUGGAGGGUCCUGCCAGCAAGGAAGCAUUUUCUUUGUUGGUCGAAUGCGUGCGUCAGGGUGGCCUGGUUCCGUCCUCUGAAAUGUCCCGGCGAGUUCAAGAGCUGGAUCUUGAAGCCCGGAUUGAAGCCUGCCGAUUUGUGGACUACUACUUGCUGCCCGGGAGGUCGAAGAUGCAGCUUACAAAGGAGCUUUUUGGUUCGCUGGUGGGAUCUGAGGGGUUCCCCAGAGAGGUGCUUGAUAUGGAUCACUUGGGCCUUUGUCGCUCGGAGAUGAUCAUGGAGAAGAUUCAUCUUGCAAACUUGCAGAUAAAGAAUCUGUGUUUGGAAAACUCCCACGUCAAAAAGAUCGAGAUCCAACGAUGUAACCUGGUCGAUUGUGACCUGUCCCUGACGGUGACCGCCGGUGAGGUGAGGAUCAGCAACUCCAGACUGGAGAAUGUCCAACUGGGUGUUUUCAGCAUGGUUACUUCAGUGGAGAACUCUUCACAGCUGAUUCGCUGCAACUUGAGGGUGGUAGAGGAGCUCUUUGUUUCAGAUUCCGAGCUGGAUGCUUGCACCUUCAAGGGCAGUGAUGAAGACCGGAAGGACAGGCAAUUUAUUUGUGCCGUUUUUCAGCAGUCAGAGCUGCAUGGGGAUGUCACGCUGCCCUUUGACAAAGUGGUUUGUGAAGAGACCUACUUCCACGGGAAACUGCUCAGGAUGACAAAAGGUGGGUCCAGCAUUAGCCUGAAGCGAGCUCGAUUGCGGAUGCUGCCCCGCAUUGAUUGCGAGGGCAAAAUCAACCUGUCCUUGGAGGAUUGCGAUCUGCUUGAGUCUUUGACGUUUCAAGGCAUGUUGCUGAACCUCCGUAGUAUCCACUGCUUCAAGCCUUGCGAGUUCUUAGAGGUGGAGUUUCCUUCGAAGGUCUGUGAGAUCAACUUUCCGAAAGCAAGUCGUUUCUAUAACGUCCGGUUCAAAGAUGGCUUGGAGGCCUGUGUGGCCAACGGUUGUCGUUUCGAAUACUGCAAUUUGGGCUACGGACAAGAAGCUAUGGCCAACUGCCUAAUGACCCAAUGCAACUUCCAAGCGUGCCGAUUCCCUUUUCUGGAGGAUGGAUCACCCGUCUCCAACUUCGCAGGUAGCAAUUUCGUGAAUUGCCGGAUUCAGUGGAGCGGCCCUUUCGCCCAUGAAGAAUCUUUCGUGAUCAACUCGCAUUGGCUGCGAAAAUGGAAUUUGGCUGGUUGUACAGCUUGCUUUAGUGUGAAUCAAGCUGGCCAGUCGAUCUCUGAACUGGUGGAAAUGAACGAGCCGUGCGCUCUGGGCCGCUACCUCUAUGAGGAGCUUGGUGACCCCGGUGCCGGAGAGUUGCUCCGCAAAGUGCCACCAAAGAGGCUUGGUGCGGGACUGCAGUUGUGGUAUGGCUUGCUAAGAUCCUACAAAAUGGCCUUCCGCCUUUUGCAUCAGGGUCGGUCUCCAGCUUUGGCGGAGCUCUACUUCCGCAAGGCUGCUGAGCUUUCGUCCAGUUCCUCGAAGUCCAUAGGCGUGGAUGGGAUUGUGCAACUCAGCUGCUUUCGGGCCUGGAAGAGCUUCAACAGGACACUGCGGCUGGAAGGUGCGAAGGAAACCAUCACCACCAAGUGUGGGGAAGCUAUGGCUCUUGCCAGCCUUGGGCGCUUUGACGCGGCCCAGGCCUCGGCCGUGACGGCCCAGAAGUUGGGCGGAGGCGGCGGAGCUCCCUGUGCCCGGCACUUUCAAGGAAAGAUGCCACCCAUGGACCUUCCUGAAGGCUAUGAGCGGCUUCAAGAUGCCUGGGCCGCAGUGGAGUCGGCACACGCUUGGAGGCAAUUUUUGAGCAACACUGAGCACUUGAUCCAGGAGCCAAGGAAAGACGCAUCAAGAAUUUUGUUCCUUGGAAAAUCGCAUCACGUCCCUAACGUGCUCAAGAGUCUGAGGAUCCUCCGCGAGGUGCACCACUUGUCCUGGCCAGCAGAGUUCUGGGUCGAGGCCCAGGACUUGGGGGAGUUGGUGGACCUGCACGAGCUGAAGCUUCGUGUGGUGCCGCUACCACAGGGCCGCUUCCCUGUUCAGCAUGUCUUCUGGAGGUGGCAGGCUCACUUUGCCGCAGAUCAUCAGCAGAACUUUUUGAGUGCCUCAAGGUUGCGAGCCUAUGCAUUGAAACCAGUGAUCAUGUUCCUCAGUGAGUGUGAGCUUUGCCUCUUUCUGGAUGCGGACAACGUUGCACUGCGGCCUCCACAGGAGCUACUGCCGCAGCUUCAUGAAGUUCCUGCCGUUUUUUGGCCCGACAUGUGGCCGCUUCCAAGGCGAGGUUGGUGGGCGCAGUGGGAAGCGGCCCCAUCGCAGGAGAGUGGCCAGCUCUUGAUCAACAAGACUGCCCCAGAGGUGCGUCGAGCUCUUUUACUUAGCACGCUCUUUGCCGUUCGCUGGGAUCUUUUCCUUCAGGACAUGUAUCUCACCAGUGAUGACGAGCUCAUGUGUGGCUAUGGAGACAAGGACGUGUACCAGUUAGCCUUCCGGCUGUUGCACGUCCCCUUUCGAAUGAUGGCGGAUCGGCCGGCUUUGCUGGUGGAGGGCAAGCGCUACGCUGGUUUGAUACAGCUAGAUGCGAAUCGAUCCUUCUUUGCACAUGUGUCUGCAGCAAAGCACGAGAUGUGGAGCCUGCUGGAGGCGGGAACAUUGCAACGCUGCGAUGUCUCAGAGGCAUCAAAUUUGUCUUGCUCCUCCCGGAAAGGCCAUGGAUCGCUCUUCAUUGCUUUCGAUCAGCUUCAGUGUGAGCCCUUGCGGGUUCCAGCUGAGCUGCUCCGUGCCAUUCAGAAGUUGCAGAAAAGUGAUUCUCCAGGCAUUGCGGGCUCCACAGCGAAAGCUCCGGCGCCGACUCCACCGACGACCCUGUCACAGGAGACCCCACCCACCAAGUCCACGCCGGCGCUGGGCGUGGUGCGCCUUUAUCGUCGCUCCUACAAGGAGCUGCUGAAAAAGCACGCAGAUGAUGCUGCGCAGGCGGAGGAGGUGGAUCAGGCGAAGACGCUUCGAAAGAUGAAGAAGCAACGGAUGACGAAGAGCUGA